AUGUCGCCAUCACACGACGAAUAUAGCCCCAUUGAGGUCGAGGAAGAUGAAGGGUCUGACCAGGACUCCAUGUUCUCCUCCACCAUGGCCCUCACCUCGAAUAUCACCAAGUACCCGAUCGAGUAUGGGAGGCGAUACCAUGCGUACAAGCAUGGCAUUUACUCCCGGCCCAACGAUGAAACCGAGCUCGACAGGCUGGAUCUUAUGCAUGCGAUGAUCUCCCUGAUGCACGACGGCAAACUCCACCUUGCUCCCAUUGGAAAAAGUCCCCGGCUCUGCUUGGAUAUCGGUGCCGGAAGCGGUAUCUGGUGCAUCGACUUCGCGGAUCAGUACCCGUCCACAGAAGUUAUCGGUGUCGAUCUGAGCCCAACACUCCCAUCAAUGGUUCCCCCAAACUUGAGAUUUGAAAUAUGGGACGUGGAGGACGAAUGGGGAUUCCCGCACAAGUUUGAUUACAUCCAUUCCAGAUACAUGGCAGGGUCUAUUGAGGAUUGGCCAGGUUUCAUGAAGAAUUGUUUCAACGGCGUUCGACCCGGCGGAUGGGUUGAAUUCCAAGACUUCAACGUCGACUAUUACUCCCAAGAUGACUCAUCGCAAAGGGAUACUGCUCUUCGUCGUUGGCUCAUCCUCGGCCAGGAAGCCGAAGAGCUAACUGGCCGCACACUUCGCCCAGGGCGUAGUCUAGAAGCAUGGGCACGAGAAGCAGGUUUCGUGAACAUCUCCGUAGUGAAGACUCCCGUCCCCAUAGGCACCUGGCCAAAAGAUCCCAAAUUGAAGCAAAUCGGCCUCUUCAACUGGACGCAACUAUAUGAGAAUCUGCAAGGCUUUAGUAAUAGGAUCUUCCUCAACUACCUGGGAUGGUCCAAGCCCGAGUUGGAACUGCUUCUGGUCGAUGUGCGCAAGGAUUUGAAAGAUCGAUCGCUCCAUCUUUUGUAUGACUUUAAUCAUAUGAGGGUUUGGUGCCCCCCACGCUUUGAACGAGCACCUCUUGAGAACCUUAAGGGUGCUGAAGCUGCGAAACCAGACCAGACAAUGGCAGACAGGUCCGCGGCAGAGAGCUUAAUCCCCAGGUUCAGAGUUGAGAAGCUCCUCAAUCAAGACCAAAAUGACCGCCGCAUCUCUAUUCUGGGCUCCAUAGACGAACAGCCCGGCAUCCUCGUCGUCGAGAGAGCCGCCUUUGUCGCUGACCUCGACUCCCUCAAAGCGUUCCAUGGCGCACUGAGUAACGUUGUCAACCUGGGCGCCAAUGACAUUUACCGCUGGUAUAUGGCUUCUUCAGGCCAGAAUCAUGUCAACCCGCCUGAUCUCAAGCUGAACCUCAUCUGGCCCUGCACCGAGCAGCAUAUUCUGAAAUACUCCGCCCAGAAUGUUCGCAUGGUCACCGAAACCCCAGAUGUCUACCAGAAACAUGUCAGACCGUAUAUGCAGGAGAAGCGGGGAAACGGACGCUUGAACUGGGUCUACAAUAUAAUUGAAGGCCGCAAGGAGCAGGAAGAUGUCCUAUAUCGAGAAUCUGACCCAGAAGAAGGCUUUCUGCUCCUUCCGGAUCUCAACUGGGACAGGAAGACAAUUGGUACACUACGCCUGCUGGCUUUGGUGGAGAGGAGAGAUAUCUGGAGUUUGAGGGAUUUGAAAAAGUCCCAUGUGGCCUGGUUGACGCAUAUGCGCCGUAAGCUGCUCGAUGCAGUUGCCAAGGUGUACCCGGAGCUCGAGGCUGAUCAGUUGAAGCUGUAUGUGCAUUACCAUCCGACCUAUUAUCACUUUCAUAUCCAUGUCGUGAAUGUCAUGCUGGAAGCCGGCACCACGCAAUCCACCGGAAAGGCCUUUGGUUUAGAGAAUUUGAUUUCUCAGUUGGAGACGAUGGCGGGAGGUCCGGAUGCAAGCAUGGCAGAUGUGUCACUCUCUUUCUUCCUGGGCGAAUCGAGCGAGCUCUGGGCGAAAAUCUUCGGGCCUUUGAAGCAAGGCAUCACGCCAAAUUCUGGAGAUCCCCAUCCUCGCUCUUUCAAAAUGGCCGAAAAUCCAGACUGCCCUAGCAAUGCCAAAGCAUUUGUGCCCCUUGAAAACAACCCCGAAGUAAUGUCCCAUCUCGUUCACCAGCUCGGCCUACCCCGCAGCCUCGGCUUCACAGACGUCUACAGCAUCGACGAACCCGACCUCCUCGCAUUCGUCCCCCGCCCCUCCCACGCUCUCCUCCUCGUCUUCCCCGUCUCGCCCGCCUACGAGUCCGCCCGCAUGGCCGAAGACUCCUCCAAACCCGACUACACCGGCUCCGGCCCCACCGAGCCGAUAACGUGGUUCAAACAAACGAUCCGCAACGCGUGCGGCCUCAUCGGGCUGUUGCACGCGGUCUCGAACGGAGAGCCGCGGAAGCACGUCACUCCGGGGUCUGAUCUCGAGACGCUCCUGCGCCAAGCGGAGCCGUUGGAUCCGAUUCGGCGGGCGGAUUUGUUGUAUGAGAGUUCGGCAUUGGAGAGUGCGCAUGCGGACGCGGCGAAGAGGGGGGAUACGACGGCACCCGAUGCGGAGGCGAAUGUGGAUUUGCAUUUUGUGUGUUUUGUAAAGGGGGAUGAUGGGCGGCUGUGGGAGUUGGAUGGGCGGAGAAAGGGGCCGUUGGAUAGGGGGGUGCUGGAGGAAGGAGAAGAUAUGCUGAGUGAGAAGGCACUCGAUGCGGGAGUGAGGCGAUUCUUGAAGGCGGAAGCGGCUGGCGGUGCGGGUGAUUUGAGGUUUAGCCUUGUGAGUUUGGGGCCGCUCUUUGACUGA